GGCUGGUGCUAGGCUUGCUGUGUAUUUUCCCGCCAUUUCCAGCUCUUCGUGAGGAGAACUGGAUGAUUUCGAAUGGAUUGGUUUCACUGCAACCAGUGUUUCCGAAAAGAUGGGGACCAUUUCUUUGUCACCAGCUGUGGCCAUAUUUUCUGUAAAAAGUGUGUGACUCUGGAAAAAUGUGCUGUUUGUGGAACUGCUUGCAAGCAUCUGGCUCUUUCUGAUAAUCUGAAACCUCAGGAGAAGAUAUACUUCAAAAGCCCUGUGGAGACAGCUUUGCAGUAUUUUAGUCACAUCUCUCAGGUGUGGAGUUUCCAGAAGAAACAAACAGAUCUCCUCAUCGCCUUUUAUAAGCAUAGAAUUACAAAGUUAGAAGCAGCCAUGCAGGAGGCACAGCAGACGGUGACCAACCAGGAAAUAGAGCUGUCAGUCUUAAAGAAGGAAAAUGGAGAACUGAAGAAAUGUCUUGCCAUUCUAAAGGAAUCUCCAAAUCGGUACCAAGGAAGCAGGUUGGCCACACCUCGACCAGUGGGCAUUACUUCUCCCUCACAGUCAGUCACUCCACGACCCAGUUCUCAGCAUAGCAGCCAGGUGGUCAGUCGGUCCCCCUCAGUGGAAUCUAUCCCUUACAGAAUAUCUGGCUUUAGUAGUUUGGGACAAGUAAGUAAUAGACAAGGAGCCAGAGGCCUGCAGGGAAGAAGCACUCCCAGGGACUCUUAUAUUGAAACCCCUUCACCGGCUUCUACUCACGGCCUAUCUUACAGGCCUUCACCUGCCUCUUCUGGACAGGGGAUUUUUUCUUUCAGACCAUCCCCAAAUGGUGGGGAUUCAGGCCACACAAGAGUCCUCACCCCCAACAAUUCAGGUCAGAGGGAAAGCAGAACCCCACUAGAGAGUUUUCCUGGUUUCCAGCUACCAGUCCAGCAGACUCUCUACGAACAGAGACAGAUGGGAUUAGCCAGGUCAAGAGAAGCAUGGACUAUUUCCAGAUAGAUCGUCUUCAAGGUCUGAUCUAUACAUAUUGCUUAAGGAAGACCUGUAGCAUACAAUACCCAUUAAGUGUGACAGCCUUGGAAAAUGUUUCCCUGCCUUGUUUCCUGGUUUCACUGUGUACCCUUACCUCUCUUGACCUUUACCAUAUACACUCUGUAUUACCUCCUAGGAAAAUGGUCAGGCGUUAUAUAAGGCUAGUACUUCAGGAGGAUGUUUAGAUCUCUCCCACACUCAUGUAGUUCUCUCAUUUCCUGCAACUUAAAGGUUGUAAAAACAAUUCUUGGCAUCACUGGGGGUGAGAGGUAAUAUACUCAUUAAGGAUGGUUUAUGUCUAUAUUUCAUUCUUUUAGCAUUGGGUAUAUUCUUCCAUUGCCAGUGUUAAUAAGCAACAACUCUGUUCCAUGUCCUCAUUUAUUAUACUUCUGUUUGCCUAUUGUUUGCUCUAUUCCUAGUUAACUAUGUUGACUUUCCUUUCUGUUGGAGACCCAGACUUUCAGCUUACUGAAGUAUAUAGAUAAAAUAAAGAUGUCCUUUUAUUGUUA